UGGUGUUGAGAGUGUGCACAUAAUCAUGCUUGGGCAUCACCAUUCAACUGUCAAAAAAAACAGCAGUUAAGUAAGUAGUGACCAUAAUAAACUGUAAGAGGAUAUGGUUAUGGCUUUGGCUUUGUCACCAUCCUUUUUCAAACCCCAUUGCUCCCCUUCUCCUAUCAACCCCAUUUCUACCGUUACCACCAUCCGGCCUGCUGUCAUUCUUCCAGGCUUAGGGAACAAUACAGGGGACUAUCAGAAGUUGGAGGUGACAUUGCAAGAGUAUGGGGUACCCACAGUUGUAGCUAAGGUGUCAAGGUUUGAUUGGCUGAGGAAUGCUGCUGGUUUGGUGGAUCCAAACUACUGGAGUGGCACUCUUAGGCCUCGGCCCGUUCUUGAUUGGUAUCUGAAGAGGAUUGAUGAGGCUGUCCAAGAAGCAAAGGAGCUGGCACAAGACUUUGUCCUUGAUUGGUCACUCAGCAGGAGGAUGGCUUGCACGUGUCUACAUGGAAGAAUUCGGGCAGUUAGAUGUCUCCUUGUUAUUGACUCUUGUGUGCUCUUGGUUCGUGUUUUAUUUAUCUUUCAUUUCAGGCCACCUCCAAAAGGCGUGCCAGGGGUCAUUGAUCAAACAAGGGGUCUCCUUGAUUAUGUUGAAAAACAUUGCAUGAAAGCUGUGUAUACUCCUGAAUUGAGAUAUGUAUGCAUCGCAGGGAGGUAUAUUCAAGGGGCCCGCUUCUUGGGGGACUCAAAUGUGGAAGCUAAAACGAUGGUUCCUGUUGAGAACGAUCAACCAACUGCAGAGGCUGUACUUGUAAAUGAUAUGGGCAAUUCAACUUCUACUGCACCCAGAUUUCGUGCUCGUUUUGUUGGGCAAGGGUAUAAGCAGGUAUGUGGGCAGGCAGAUGUAUGGGGUGAUGGAGUGGUGCCAGAAGUGUCAGCCCAUCUGGAUGGCGCGCUCAACAUUAGCUUGGACGGAGUUUACCACUCACCGGUUGGUUCAGAUGAUGAUCUGAGACCAUGGUAUGGUUCCCCCGCCGUUGUGGAGCAAUGGAUACAUCAUCUCCUCAACUAAACUUGAAAGGGAAGACAAUGGCCAGUUGAACGCGUAAUAAAUAUCAAGUCAUCAACAAACUUGCUAGUACAAAAAUUCUUUCGGAGUCUGGUUAGUCGACAUAACAUUCAAUCUGUUUUAACUCUAGCUUUUCUCCUCCUUUUUGUGGUCUCAAUCUCCCCUGUUGAACUUGGAUUCAAUUGCUCCUCUAUCUUAGGACAUGGAUUUAUCCUCAGUAAAAGCGAGUGUUGGUCCUCUUCUAGUUUAUUUUGAUUACUUGACAGCAUUUACGGCCCAUGCUCUAAACUGCCCGACAUCCAGAUCCAGUGAGAUUACAUCUCGUCUGUCCAACCAAUCCAUAUUAAUGGGUGGCUUAUUGCAGCUCUUGUUGAAGAUUUGCAGAUUCACGUUUUUCUUACAAACAUAUCUCGAAGUUGAUGUCAUUGCCAAACUGACAAGACAACCUGAAGUGUUUCACAAGGAACGAACUUCUUUUACACUUGCUUCAGUCUACUAGAUUUUACUUGCAAUAUAAACAUGGCUAGUCUUGUUUGUAGAUUUGUGGUAUCCUGCCCCACUUUUGCCUGUCAUUGCUUCAUCAAUGGUCUCCCUUCAUGAACAAA